UGCAAAUUCUCACUCUCGCUCUCUCCGCGCGUUUUCAAUCGGACAAAAUUUAAGACUGCUCGGAAUCCUCCGGCCGCCGGCCGAGUGGUAAAUCGGGAGGUGAGAUAGAGAAAGUGGGGGAGGAAGAAAUGGCGUCGUGGAAUUCGAUUCCGCUGGAAGUCGCGUACCAAGUGCUGGGAUGGACGGCGUUCGUGAGUUGGUCCUUCAGCUUCUACCCGCAAGUCAUCUUGAAUUUCCGCCGGAAAAGUGUUGUGGGAUUGAGCAUCGAUUUCGUGGUGCUGAAUUUGACGAAGCACUUGUCCUAUCUCAUCUACAACGCCACUCUUUACUUCAGCUCCGUCGUUCAGAAGCAGUACUUUGAAAAGUACGGCCAAGGACAGAUGAUACCUGUGGCAGCAAAUGAUGUUGCUUUCUCUGCCCAUGCUGUUUUGUUGACAUCAAUUACUCUGUUCCAAAUUGCUAUCUAUGAACGCGGAAGCCAGAAGGUAUCCAAGAUUGCCAUAGGAAUUGUGCUCGCGGUGUGGUUAGGUGCCGCAGUUUGUUUUUUCGUAGCUUUGCCAACCCGUUCAUGGCUUUGGCUAAUUAACAUUUUCAGCUUGAUUCAAGUUUUCAUGACGGUCAUCAAAUAUACUCCCCAGGCAUUCAUGAACUUCAUGAGGAAGAGCACAGAUGGAUUAAGCAUUGGCUACUUUUCACUUGAUUUUUCUGGAGGAGUCACAAAUUAUGCCCAAAUGGCUGUGCAGUCUAUAGAUCAAGAUUCGUGGGUGAACUUUUAUGGAAACAUGGGGAAGAUGCUGCUAUCUAUGAUAUCUGUGUCGUUUGACAUUCUUUUCAUGUGUCAACGUUUCCUGCUCUAUCCUUCCGCCAAAGCGCUGAUCCCUCCGAAACUCAGUAAGAAGAGCUCAGAGCCGCUGCUCCAAUCUUCCGAUCACGCAGUCCGUGAAGACGUAUAGAUCUUCGCCUGGCUUGAUGUCAAGAUGUACAUGAUAUUAGCACACAUCAACUGUAAACAUUGGUCCCCGUUUGUACAUUGUUCCGGCCAAAAGAAGGGUUACCUUUUGUGUUUCAGCUGCAUGUUUGUAAAGAAACGAGAGUUAACGAAAUUGCGCUAGUA